AUGUAUAGAGUUACUUUUGUAAUAUUAAUAAUAUUCUUUUUAACGCAUUAUUCAGAUGCUGCAUUGGGUCCGGAAUGUAACUGUCUUACGAAUCUCAGAUAUUGCGGUAGUACAACACUUCAGUUGAAUGGUACUUGCAAUCUCGGUCCAAACACCAACCUCUACACCUGUGUCACUCGUGGUCAGCCACCAGUCCUUAAGGAGACCUGUCAGUUUGGAUGUCUACAGGAUCCUCUCAAAGGUGGAGUGUGUAUGCAAAAAGAUAAUUGCACAUGCUACUCCUCCGGAGAUUACUGCGGUUCCACUCUCAAAAGUAGAUGUGACUAUAUCAACCCUGAUUCACUGUACCGUUGUGACGGUGCCGGUACUCUUCCAGCAUUCAAAUUCAACUGUCAGAAUGGAUGUCAAUACUCCCGGUCUGAGAAUGACACUUGCAGUACCGGACAAUCCAACGCUGAAGGUUUAAAAAAAAUUAAGAAAAUCGUUGUCUUUAUGCAAGAGAAUAGAGCAUUUGAUCAUUACUAUGGUACUAUGAGUGGUGUCCGUGGUUUCAAUGAUCCACAUUUAAUGAAUACCAGUGCUGGACUACCGAUUUUCUAUCAACCGUCGAACAAAUCACCGGAUGUAAAGAAUGGUCAAAAGUAUGCACUUCCAUUCAGAAUCUCUGGACCGAAAGCCGGUUGUACAACUGGAGGUUCCAAUACAUGGUCACCUAAUCACGCUGCUUGGAAUAACGGUAAGAUGGAUAGAUUCCCAUCGUAUCUCGAUGAGUCUUCAAUGGGAUACCUCUCAAGAACAGAGUUAAACUACUAUUUCCAAUUGGCCGAACAAUUUACAAUUGGUGACAUGUACUUCCAAUCGGUGAUGGCAUCUACCAAUCCCAAUCGUCUUGUACUCUGGACAAACACUAUCGAUGCCAGAGGUGAAACCAAAGCUGGUCCAUCCAUUGACAACAACCAGGAUAUUCCAUUUACAUGGCUUACCUAUACCGAGCAACUUGAAGAAGCCGGUAUUUCUUGGAGAGUUUGGCAAGAUGAAGAUAACUUUGAUGAUAAUCCACUUGAAUGGUUCGCUCAAUAUAAGAGUGCUGCACCAAGUAGUUCUUUGUUUACCAAUGGUAUGUUUGAUUGGGGUAUUAAUACUUUUUUGUCUGUUGCAGCUAGAGGAGGUUUGCCCCAAGUUUCCUAUGUCGUUGCACCAACUCAACUCAGUGAACAUCCAAGUAAUGGCCCAGAGGCUGGAAUGUGGUUAGUACAAGAAGUAGUAAAUGCACUCACCUCUUCCCCCGACUGGGAAGAAACCGUUUUAAUUAUCGACUAUGACGAGAGUGGAGGAUUCUUUGAUCAUGUACUCCCACCAAUGGCACCACAAGGUACAAUCGAUGAGUAUAUCUCACAAGGCGGUAAUCAAGUACCAAUCGGUCCAGGUUUCAGAGUACCUUUGUUAGUCAUAUCUCCAUGGACCAAAGGUGGAAAUGUCUUCACAGAGUUAACUGAUCAUACCUCUGUCACUCAAUUCAUUGAACAAUGGGCACUUGCAAAUGGAUACUCACGUAAUGAUGUAAUCAGUCCUUUGAUGUCAUCGUAUCGUCGUAAUAUGUUCUCAGAUUUAACACAUGUUUUCAAUUUCAAUAAGACCGAUACCUCAUUUACUCCAAUAGUUCCAGCUGUUCCAAUUCCAUCGAGCAACCACGGUAGAUGGAACUCCACUGAUGUUUGUAACAGUUUGCCAGGCAAUGUCACAACCAUCCCCUUUGGAAAUCAAGUUUAUCCAACAGUGGAAUUUGGUUACAAAACGGUUCGUGGUGACAACCCGGGUGAAGGUAGAUUCUAUGUUUUGGAACUUGUCGAUGUUGGUGCGCUUACUGAGGUCAGUGGUGACCUUUCAAUGUCGAAUAUUUCCUAUUCAAAGAGUGUUGCCAACCAAUACUUUACGAUGACACCAAACGCACCGAUUGGAUAUAGUUUAAUCUCCAACAAUCAAUUGUGUCUCGCAGAUUCACUCAAAUUCGAAUCGUGUGGUAAUCAAACAUACAGUUGGUUGUUCAUUGAUUCUCUUUCAGGUUUUGGUCAUGCCAUUCAGAAUGUCAAAACAAACAAAUAUUUAAGCUUCGAUAUCACCGCCAAAUCAUUUUCACUACAGACCAAUUUAACAUCGCUAUUUAAAAUACAAUCAGGAAAUCCAAACAAUCCAGUUACAACUCCAUCUCCAUCACCAACUGUAGAUCCUUCAUCAACCACUUCCUCUAUUAACGAUGCAUCAUCUUUACUAUUUAGAUCAAAUUCAUUAUUAAUUUUAUUAUUAUUAUUGAUUAGCAUCAUCAUUUUAUAA